AUGGAGUUCGCGACGGGGGCGAUGGGCUCUCUCAUCCCCAAGCUGGGGGAGCUGCUCCUGAAUGAGUACAACCUGAAGGAGACUGUUAAGAAGGGGAUUAGGGACCUCAAAGCUGAGCUCGAGACCAUGCAAGCUGCUCUUGAGAAGGUCUCCAAUGUCCCUCACGACCAGGUUGACUCACAGGUCAAGAUCUGGGCAAACGAAGUCAGGGAGUUGUCUUUUGUCAUUGAGGACAGCCUUGACUCAUCCAUGGUGCAAAUAGAGGGCCUUGAACAGACCAAGCCACUCAGCUUCAAGGGCUUUAUCAAGAAGACUCGCAACAAGGUCACCAAGUUCAAGAUUCGCCAUAAAAUAGCUGAUGACAUCAAAGACGUCAAGACUCAAGUUAGGGAGGUGAAGGAACGGUAUGAAAGGUACAAGAUCAGCGAUGUUGUGGCUAAUCUCGCAACAACGACAGUUGACCCUCGUCUCCUGGCUAUGUACAACAAGGUAUCUGAGCUUGUUGGCAUCGACAAGGCGAAUGAUGAGCUAAUAGAGAGGUUGUUUGAGGGUGAUGAUCUAUCUAGGACAAAGCUCAAGGCCGUUUCUGUUGUGGGAUUCGGAGGAUUGGGCAAGACAACUCUUGCUAAAGAAGUGUAUGAUAAGAUUAACAAGUCAUUCGAUUGUGGUGGUUUUGUUCCAAUGGGUCGGAAUCCUGACAGAAAGAAAGUUCUCAAGGACAUCCUCCUUGAACUUGACAAGCAAUUGUAUAUGGAUGCAUCGACGAUGGAUGAAAGGCAGCUCAUCAACCAGCUGCGAGAAUUCCUCGCAGAUAAGAGGUACUUGAUUGUUAUUGAUGAUAUAUGGGAUAUACCAACAUGGGAACUAAUUAAAUGUGCUAUGGUGGAUAGUUGCUCUGGAAGUAGAAUAAUCAUCACUACUCGUAUUUGUGGAGUUGCCGAAAAAGUUGGUGGUGUUUACAACAUGAAACCACUUUCUGAUGAGAACUCCAAAAGGUUAUUCUUCUCUAGAAUUUUUGGUGGCAAUCCAUGCAUCAAUAUUGAUAACCAAUAUGAUGAAGUGCCUAGUAAAAUUUUAUGGAGAUGUGGCGGUGUGCCACUAUCCAUAAUUACAAUAGCUAGCUUGCUUGCUGGCAAACGGAGGGAGGACUGGCAUGAGGUAUAUGAUUCUAUUGGUUUCGGGCAUGAAAAGAAUGAAGUUGUUGAGAACACCAGAAAAAUACUAUCUUUUAGCUAUUAUGAUCUGCCUUUUUGUCUGAAGACCUGUUUAUUGCACCUAUGUAUAUUUCCUGAAGAUUUCUCUUUUGGGAAAGAAUCGUUAAUAUGGAAGUGGGUAGCCGAAGGUCUCAUCCCGGAUAUACCAGGGACAGGACUAUUUCAGUUGGGAGAGAGCUACUUGAAUGAGCUUGUUAAUAGAAACAUGAUCCAGUUGGUCGAGCCAUGUCGUAUAGGUGAUCUGUCGGUUUGUCGACUUCAUGAUAUGGUGCUUGAUCUCAUCCGCACCUUGUCAAGUCAGGUAAACUUCAUCACAAUAUACGACAAGGAGCAGCACAUCACAUCUUCACCUACGAAUAGUGUUCGUAGGUUAGCCAUUCAUGGAGGAAGUGUGAAGCACAACCCUGGCAUGGAGAUGCAACACGUGAGGUCAUUCAAUGCUACGGGGUGGCAAAACAGUAGGAUGCCCUCACUUUUGAGCUUUAAGGUAUUGCGUGUACUGAUUAUGUAUAAAUGUAGUUUCUCUAUGGGAGGUUCUAAUCUGGAGCAUCUUAGAAAGUUGGUUCAGCUGAGGUACCUUGGGCUGGUAUGCACACAUGUGGUGGAGCUACCAGCAGAAAUUGGACUUGACCUUAAGUUCCUGCAGACAUUGGACUUGAGGGAAAGUGGCAUAGAAGAACUGCCACUGUCCGUUGGUGAGCUGAGUAAAUUGAUGUGCUUGCGCGCUAGUGAGGGCACAAGAAUGAUGUUCGAGAUAGGGAAGCUGAUAUCCUUGGAAGAUCUGCAGCUGAGCUCGGUUGACAUGUCCCCAAACUUCUUCACACAGCUAGCGAAUCUGACGGAGAUGAGGGUGCUCGAUAUAUGUUUUGAUGAGAUGGAUGAGAGCAGGCACAAAAAUAUGGUGGAGUCUCUGCGCAAGCUGCGUAGAAUUCAGACUCUGAAUAUAUCAUUUGCAUGGAAGCAGAUAAUUCACGUUGACAGCUGGGAGCAGUGGAUGCCCCCUGCUGCGCUACGUGAGCUGGGUUUGUCUGGCAUAGUUCUACGCAAGCGGCCGUUGUGGUUGGAUUCCUCAUGUGUUCCACACCUCUCUAGCUUGUCAUUGGAAGUGGAGGUGGUUGACGAGCAGGAUCUACAAAUUCUUGGGGUGUUGCCAUCGCUCCGCUGUUUCUUCCUCAGGGUAUGGAACAUGGAGGUAUUUUCGCAUACUGUUGGUAGCUACGAGUUUCAGAAACUGAAAGAUCUUGACACGAAUAUAGAGAUCAUCACAUGUGGGGAGAGAGUGUUGCCAAUGCUUGAACAGCUGGAAUGCGGUGCCACCGUGGGAAGACAGGACGAGGUUGGUCUAGUGCCGGAAAACAUGCCUUUGCUCCAGCACGUCACCUAUAGGCUUGACUGCCAGUAUUGCACUCCUAAGAGAGUGGUAGAAGCAGCUGCAGCACUGAGGCUUACGACGAAAAUCCACCCCAACCACCCCACUCUGGAAAUAGUUAGAAUCAACUAUGAUGAUGAUGAUGAUGAAUGA